GUGGAACGGAGUGGAGGAGGGGAGGCGCCAACGGCGGCAGAAGCAGCAGCAGCUCAACGGAGCGCAGCCCACGCGCGUUCGGACGGGAUCGCCCCGCUAUUCUGGAUUAUUAUACCUCGGUGGUCGUGGAGGAGGAGGAAGAUGCGCAGGGAUGAGAAGAGGACAGGAGGAGGGACCGCGUCUCUGAGCUCGACCCCCGCAGCUGCCAGCGCUAAUGUGGCCCUCCCCGCAGAAUGCUGAGCCCCCUGCUGCCUUACAGCCUGGUGAAGAUGCACUGGACACCGGAACAUGCCCAGCCUUUAAGCCAAUGGCCAGAACAGCACCUCGACGUCUCUUCCACAACGUCGUCACCCGCUCACAAGUCAGAGCUCUACCACAGUCGGCAGCGCUACAACUACGCCUGGGCCAACGAUGACAUCUCAGCGCUUACGGCCUCCAACCUGCUCAAGAGGUAUGCCGAGAAGUACACGGGGGUCCUGGACUCGCCCUACGACAGGCCCUCUGUCAACUACCCGGACGCAGCUUUCGGGUCGCUAAAUGGGCAGAAGAGUGAGACUGAGCCCUGGCAGUUGCCACAUGCCACCGACACCUCUUAUCCAGUUGCCCCGCUCCAUGAUGGGCUGCCCGGCUCCAAGCCCGGGGGUGCUUCUGUCGUGCCUCCAGGGACAGGGAGCACCUCCAACCUCUCGGAUGUGGGCUAUACGGUCAACUCCUGCAACGGUCCAAGCACACCUGCGGGCCUCGGUGGGGUCCCGUCUUCUCAGGAUUACACAUCUGGCUACAAUGGGACAUACCUCUCCACGGGGUACUGCCCCCAGCCCAGCACAGCACUUCCUCCUUCUCAUCCCCCAGGGCUGCUUGCACCAGGGCCCCCUGCACCAACUUUGGUGUCCACUUACAGCUCUGCCGGCUCCAUGUACAACUACCCGUCUGGCGGGUACCCUCCCCAGGCCAGCUACGCGGGGGUCCAUCCCUCUGUACCCUACCUCCCUUCGGGCAUUGCGGCUCCCACACCUCUGCCGCCGUCGAGCAGGCCGGCCGUGGUCAGCAGUUAUGGCUACCAGGCUCAUGGCCUGCCCAUACCCGUGGUACCCGAAACAGGAACCUCCCUGAAAAGGAAAGCAUUUGAGAUGGCGACGGAAGAGGAUGAGGGGGUGCGCUACAGGAAGUACAGCUACGAGCAGCCAAAGACCACCUCGGGCUCCCCUUACCACCUGUCCGACAAAGGCGAGUGCAGAGGCGGCAGCAGCAGCAGCGGCAGCUUUGUGGCCGCUGGGUCUGAGGGCACCCCGCAAGUCACCUACAAAUCUGGAAAGCCAGCAAUGGGGGACGAACAUGGCACCAAAUACGGGAGCCAGCCCAUGAAGGCUCUGCUGUCACCGUCCUACAGCGGCCCCGCCGAGACCCCGCUGCGGCCAGAUUUCAGCCCCCCGAUGAUGAACGGAGAAAACGGGAACAGCAGCGACCGUAGCCACGCCUUCUCCCACCGCAUGACCCUCAAAGCGACGACGUCGGAGGAGCUGGCCGAGUUGGUCAGCAGUGAGAUCAUCGACAGGGGACCACCGAUCCAGUGGGGUGACAUCCCCGGCCAGGCCACCGUAAAAGCGGCCAUCGAGGAGGAGCUGCUAUGGCCGGUCUUGCGUCCUGGCGCAUACACUGGCGUCAGCCGACCACCAAAGACCAUUCUGCUGUUUGGACCUCGAGGAGGGGGCAAAACACUGCUGGGCAGGUGCAUCUCCACUCAGCUGGGUGCCACCUUCUUCCGAGUCAGCGGCGCUGCCCUGCUCUCCAAGUGGAAGGCCGAGGGAGACAAAAUUCUGCGGACCAUCUUCCUCAUGGCCGGCUCACGCCAGCCUGCCGUGGUCUUCAUCAACGAGGUGGAGUCUGUCCUCUCCAACGACGAAAAGAUGGGCCUCCUGUCCUACCUGGAAACGGCCCACAAUGGCAGCAGCACAGUCAUCGUGAUCGGAGCCACCCGGCGCCCCGACCUCCUGGACGAGUCGGCGCUCAGACACUUCGCCAAGCGCCUCUACGUCCCCCUCCCCGACAGCGGGGUCCGCCAACAGAUUCUGCAUCACGCCCUGGCCCAGCAGAACUGCUGCCUGAGCGAGCGGGACAUCGGCAGCAUCCUGCAGCGCACCGAGGGCUACUCAGGGAUCGAGCUCGUGCAGCUCUGCCAGCAGGCGGCAGCGGCGGCGGCCGAACAAUUGCAGCCCACCUCGUAUAAGGACUUCGAAGGCGCCUUGUGUAAGGUGCGGCCUGCUGUGUCCCAAAAGGAGUUGGACCUGUGCAUGGAGUGGAAUAAGAUCUACGCCUCCCCGGGACAGUGAGCACCACCAGGAGCCUCCGUUGCAACCAAAAAAAGGGAAAUGUGGUGCCGGGGUCCCAUUUGGAGCAGGUGAUCCCUGCCCCCUUUUUUUUUUUUUUUAACCCCUUAAGGGUCUUUUGAAGUAUCAGGUUGGACAUUUUGUCAUGUCGUCGGGGCUACACUCAGGAGAUAUCGUAUUUAUUAGCAGUCCACACGCCUUGUGCUCCAACGGUUGGCACCGUAAGGAACGCUGACACCCGGGACCACCCGCCUCGAUCCGGCUGGACCGUCACUCCACUCGACAGGCACUUUGGAUUGUCACACUCUUUACUUCUGUACUCACUCACAAUCACCGGCGGGGAUGCCUUGAACCCAAUCACACCGGUACAUUGUAGGGUGGGCUAUGGUGUUGGGGGGCCGUGUCACUUUUCAGCGCUGUUAGAAGAUGGCAGAAGUUUAUUACGCCGGCUGACGCUCGAGCAGACGGCUCCCGUGUGGACCUUAGCUUUUAUUUUGUUUUUGUUUUUUUUUUGUACGCCGUGUAUGUAGUCUCGUUUUAAAAUACUCAGGAAUACUUUAUUUACCUCAGAGAGAUGAAAACGAAUGUAUGUAAUCUAACGGACUUCCUAGUGAACUUUUAGUAUUUUAUCAGGAAAAAAAAAAAACGGAGACGUAGAAAAUUGUCCCAGUGAAACGAAAUGUGUGUUUACCUCAGAAGAAGAGAAAACUUGAAGUCAAUAGCAGGACUAACGAUGAAUGUAAUCCAGGUACGAUAUCUGAUCUUCCUCAUCCUCAUCCUCCUCUGUGCUCUCUUUUAUUUUUUAUUUUUUUUAAUUCCUCUCGUGUCGUCUCCUCUCUCUCUCUGGUAAGGCUCACUUUCAGGGCGGGCCAUUUUAUUGGGCGACAGACAGAUCUGUGCAGACUUUGUAGGUGGGUUUUGGGUAUUUAGCCCCCCAAACCCUAAACCCCCCGGCCGGCCUACAAGGUGUAGUCCACACGCACACUCGGAAACGUUGGAAAAUUUGUUUUGGUAUUCCGUUCACGUGUAAACAAUGUUAUCGACCACCCGCUUCAGAAGUGUAUGAAUUUGAAAACACGGGGGUCUCGAGCCUUCAGAAACGUCCGAUUGUCGCGAAUGCCCUGUUUAUUUCGGCUGGACCCCCCCGUUUCAUGGUGUCUUGAGUCUUUCCUUACGUUACGCUGAUGUCACAUUACUUGACUUCUAGUCGGAGGUUAUGCCAGUCUUGCCGACGACAGUUGCUAACCUCGUCACCGGACUGUAUAAAAUUACGUGACCAAAAGUCACGGAGCAGGUGGGAUUUCCAGCCCAGAUUUUUGACAGCCAAUGGCGAGCUUCCUGACGGAGCCAGUGCUGUACGGAGGGUCACCAACUAUGAUGGGUUCGGCUGUCAUCUCCUCUCCUUUUACUUUUUUUUUUCACGUAAAACACGAGACAUCAGACAGACGAGCUUCCCUUAUUACGUUUGUGUGGUCCGGAGACCCCAUGAUCCUUAUUCCUCAUUGCUGCUGACUUGAGCAUUCAUUGGUCGUUGGCUCUCAUGCACAUAAAGGCCACCCCUACGACUAAAGACAAAACCUAACCUGUUGGUCUAUUAGGAGAGAGGAAGUCACGUGACGCGAGAGUGGGCAGCUCACCAGGCUACGACCGAAAAUUGCUAGAAAAUUCCAGGUGGGUCCAACUGCAGACCUCCACAGCUCCACUGAAUAGCCAAUCGGAUUGCAGGUUUUUGUCACAUGGAUAGACCACUUAGAUAACUCUGUCAAACCCCAAUCUGUGACAGUGGAGCGGGGCUCUGACGUGUCACCAUGAAGUCACUCUAAUGUCCUCUGUCCGGACAGAACAAGUCGAGCUGGCCGCGCUCCUCCUGUGCCCUUUCAACAUUUCGAUUCCUGGCACGUCAGCAGACAUCAUCCUCAGUCGACCAGCUGGGUGUGCCAAACAGGAAAGAGUGACACGUCGGAGCUGGGGACAAACUUUUAAGAAAAGGAGAUGAGCGUGCGUUUGAAACGGACAUGGCGAUUGCCAAUGUGUGUGCGCGCGCGCGCGUCAGUGUGGGCUGAGCCCGAGUGUCACGUCCGCUGCCUUCUAACGAACUCCACGUGAUUUCCAGUUCAAACUCCCGUUUUCUCUUCCUUUGCACCUGUUUGUUUUGGUUCUCUUUUUUAAUCUUUCCAGAGAAUUCUUGUCGUGCACAUUUUUUGCCGCCUCCACCUUUGGAUAUUGAGGCCAUUUUCAGAGCUGCACCUUUCUGGACACGUAGCCCACCCUUGGCUGUGGAAGACCACCGCCGGUUAUUUUCAGUUGUCCUCGUCGGCUCGUUGUUCCCGUUACCGAGUGUACGGCGUAUUCUUCAGCCCUUCCAGUGUCUUGUCACGCGGUUCACCGUAACGACUCUUAUGCCUUACAAGCGGGAGACCCGCCGCCAUUCCACUUGUAAACGUUUUCUGUUUCAGCUCACUGAAGAACGCGUCUCAUCCCCGGAAGAUUUCAUGGGGGGGUUUGUGCCCUCGUAGGUUUUUCUUGCCGUUUCUGUUUCAAGAGCUUUUGGGAACGUCAGACUGGAAGGACUUUGAGCCGCCGGGAGCUGCGGACGUUUCACCCCCAGAGUGCCCUCGUUUCAGCGUUCACUUUGGUUCCUUUCUGCCGAUGUUGGGUUUUCAUUAUCGUUACGCAGAUCCCCACUCUUGGGACGUUUUCUUCUUCCCUACGGUGCACUCUGACUCUUUAUGGUCUCGAUCCUGUGCCCAUUGUUGUUGUUUUCAUUGCUAGCCCCCCAUUUUCUACUCUCAUUUGCUUUUCCUGUCCCAUUUCAUUUUCUGUUUCUGGUUUGCUUUUCACACGUCGGCCGAUUGACCACCCAUUGUCAGCCCUAGUUUUGUGGUUUUUCUACUCUAGUUAUUGUUCUUCUUUUCUUUAUAUAGAGACCGUACAUUUUCGACCAUUGUGGGGUUAUUUUUUGUACCAAACACAUUUUUCCAUCUUGUACUGGAGUGAUUGUCGGUUACAGAUGUGCCACUUUCAACUGAAUGGGUUUUUUUUUUUUUUGUCCCGUUACAUGCCACACAUUCCCUACUGUGGUUCUUUUAUUUUUUUUUCUUUUCAUAAUCCAUUACUUUUCCAGCUUUUAGCGUCUUUGGUUCUGAUCCGGAGCACAUGAUUCUGCUCUACUUAUUAUCUUUUUUAUUAUUUUAUUUUAUUAUUUUGUUACAAAUCUGCCAGAUUUCUACUGUCGUUUUUUUAUUAUCCAUCCAUCCAUCAUUCAACCCACCAUAUCCUAGCUACAGGGUCGCGAGGGUCUGCUGGAGUCAAU